GGAAGUCAGCGUCGUGGUCAGUUCCGUCUUCUCGUUUUCUGCAGUCUGAGAGAAUGAGUGAGAGAGACAUCACAACAUUGAAUAGCCAACUAGUGGUUGCUGUAAGGAAAAACGAAGGUGAUGAAGUUGACAGAUUGUUGAGUCUAGGAGCAUCCGCAAAUGCGUGUGAUGAUGGAUGGCCUGUACUGAUGGAAGCUUGUAGUAGACGCUACCAUUCUGUAUGUAAGCUGCUAGUGAAGAGAGGGGCAAAUGUGAACAGAACUACUUCUACAGGUGUGACUGCUCUAAUGAGGGUAGCAAUGGAUGGUGAUGAAGAAAUGGUCGACUUCCUUUUAUCAUUAAAUGCUGAUGCUAGACAGAAGGAUAGGGAUGGUGAGACUGCAUUUGAUUGGGCUAUGGGAGCAGGUCACAUGUCAACAGCUGGUCGUUUGGUGUUGGCGACUCAAAGAAUUGAAGAUGUUACAGUUGAGCAUCGUCUUCUUGUGUUGCUUUGGGCAUGUAAGAACAAGAGAGAUGAUGUGAUAAAAUCAAUUGUUAAGCUGGGAACAGAAAUGAAGGAUGAUUUGGGACAAACUUUACUUCACGGUGCUGCUCGUUAUGGCAGGCUUGAUGUGGUUGAGCUUCUCUUGGCCAACAAGGCAGAUGCUGAUGCUUCAGACAAGGUAGGUGUAGUGACAAUCAAAUAUUGAAAUGUUAGGUAGGUGUAGCAACAAUUAAGUUAAAAGGUAACUGCAACGCAAAAAUCAAAAGUUCUUUUAUGUUGGAAUCGAUAGUUCUAGUUGCAUACAUGACAGGAAAAAUAGUUUUAAAUUUUUAAGAUAAGCCUUCGCUGUGAUAUAGCAGGUGAAAGUUGC